AGCCGGCCCGGCGGCUGGGCUAUGCCCGUGGCCCCCUGCGCCGUCGCAAGGCGGGGCCGCCUCCCGUGCAGGUCUCCGGGCUGGUAACGCCUCCACGGGUCCUCCCUGCUCUCGGGAACGGGCAGCUCUUGUCCUAGGGCCACUUAUCGCUAUCGGGCUCCCACCGCCAUCGCCCAGGCCUUGAGGCGGGGUCCCUCCCCCACUCCCGCCCCGAGGCGCCUUCCCCUUGUUUCUGCGGGCGUGCGAAACCUUUAAAUUAGAGUGAAUAAAUGAAGAUUGGGCACACUACUUCUGAAAGUUGCUGACCCCUGAAUUAGAUAAAGAAAUAUUAAAAGACAUCGUAUAGUGAAUGCGGCGCAUGCUUCACGGAGUUUCUGAUAACAGGACAAAAAAUUGUCUUCACAAUACACAAAGAAUACAAACAAUGAAGGUCUUCUGUGGAAGGGCCAAUCCAACCACAGGUUCUGUGGAAUGGUUGGAGGAAGAUGAGAACUAUGACUACCAUCAGGAGAUUGCAAGAUCAUGCUAUGCAGACAUGCUGCAUGACAAAGACAGAAAUGUGAAGUAUUACCAGGGCAUCCGUACUGCAGUGAGCAGGGUGAAAGAAAGGGGUGAGAAAGCAAUUGUUCUAGACAUUGGAACUGGCACAGGACUGCUGUCCAUGAUGGCAGUUACAGCAGGUGCAGACUUCUGCUAUGCCAUUGAGGUCUUCACACCUAUGGCUAUUGCUGCAGUGAAAAUAGUGGAGAAAAAUGGCUUUAGUGACAAGAUCAAGGUAAUCAACAAGCACUCCACUGAAGUCACAGUUGGGCCAGAUGGAGACAUGCAGUGUCGUGCAAACAUCCUGAUAACAGAACUAUUUGAUACAGAGCUGAUAGGAGAAGGGGCUUUGCCAUCCUAUGAACAUGCCCACAAAUAUCUUGUACAGGAAGGAUGUGAGGCAGUGCCGCACAGGGCAAGAGUAUAUGCCCAGUUAGUGGAAUCGAAAAGAAUGUGGUCCUGGAACAAGCUAUUUCCUGUUCACGUCCAAGCAGAAGAUGAUGAGAAAAUUAUUGUCUUCCCUUCAGAAAUAGAGAACUGUCCUGGUGUUACUUCUGUCUAUGAUAUCCAGCUAAACCAGGUGCCUCGGAGUGACUUCACUAUCCUCAGCGAUGUUGUGACUAUGUUCAGUGUGGAUUUCAGUAAGCAAGUAAACAGCUCCUCAACCUAUUACACAGCGAAUUUGGAGCCUAUAAAAUCUGGCAUGGCACAAGUGAUCCUCUCCUGGUGGGAUGUUGAUAUGGACCCCUCUGGGAUGAUAAAAUGUACUAUGGCACCAUACUGGAUACAACCCACCUCUAAUGAUGUCCAGUGGAGAGAUCAUUGGAUGCAGUGUGUAUAUUUUCUUCCAAAUGAGGAGCCAGUUCUUCAGGGUGAGAAUGUGUAUCUGACUGCAUACCGUGAUGAGUAUUCCGUGUGGUAUAAGCUCCAGAAGGCCAGAAAUGAAGAGGACAAAAAAGAUGCCUAUGUUGGGAGUCCUCUUUGUAGCUGUCAGGCUCAUCUACUUUGGAACAGGCCACGCUUUGGAGAGCUGAAUGAUCAGAAUCGAACAAACCAGUACAUCCAGGCUCUGAUGACAGUGCUGGAAAAAGACAGUAUUUGCCUCUGCAUCAGUGACGGUAGCCUGCUUCCUCUGCUGGCUCAGUAUCUUGGAGCAGAGCAGGUGUUUACAGUAGAGAACUCUGCAGUAUCCCAUUGUCUCAUGGAGAAAAUAUUUAAAGCCAACCAUGUAGGAGAUAAAAUUAAAAUAAUAGAGAAACGUCCUGAAUUACUGACUGCUUCUGAUUUGGAAGAUAAAAAGGUCUCAGUCCUCAUUGGAGAACCGUUUUUCACUACAAGCCUGUUACCAUGGCACAACCUAUAUUUUCUGUAUGCUAGGACAGCUGUGGCAGCCCACCUCACAGAUGGUGUCACUGUCCUGCCACAGUCUGCUUCCCUUUACAUGAUGGUCGUGGAGUUCAAGGACUUGUGGCGAAUUCGAAGCCCAUGUGGUACCUGUGAAGGGUUUGAUGUUCACAUUAUGGAUGACAUGAUUAAGAAUUCUCUGAAUUUUAGGGAGUCCAAGGAGGCAGAGCCUCACCCAUUGUGGGAAUACCCUUGCAAAUCACUGUCUGACCCCCAAGAGGUUAUGACAUUUGACUUCAGACUGACUGUACCACAACAAACUCUAAGCACACAUGGCUCUGUAAAUCUGUUAAGGACUGGGAAGAGCCAUGGAGCAGUUCUGUGGAUGGAAUAUCAUCUGACUGCUGAUAUCUCAGUGAGCACAGGACUUGUGCAGAUUUCAGAUGAAAAGGGCAAUUGCAAAUGGAAUCCCCACUGCAAGCAAGCUGUCUAUUUCUUCAGUUCUGCACUUGAACCAGAAACUCCGACAGACCUCCCUAGUGCUAUCACGUAUGCUAUAAAUUUUAACCCAAAGACAGGCGAGAUUGCCAUGAGUUUUAAAUCAUUAUCAUGAAACAUUCUGCUUUUACUUGACACUUUUCUAAGUUAUAAUAAAUAUAUCGAGAGAUGGUGAUAGUG